AUGCUUGCAGAACAGUUGUCUCUGGAGGGGGUGGGGCGCCCGCAGCAGGGCCACCGCCGUCACAAGUUUACCGCCGUGGAGGAGAUGGAUUGCCCCAUCGGCGACAUCAUGAGUGUGCCGCUUGAUCGCCUCUGUCAAUUGGCAUGGCCUUUGCUGUGCUGCAGGGAGGGUGAGAAUUUAGGCAAACCUUUCAGGGUGCCACCCUUCUCUCAGACAGACGCUGACGACGCACAGCUUGCCCGUGUCAUUGUCGCCACUGCCACCGAAACCAUUCGCUUUUUUCGGAUGCAGUUGUGGUGGGGUCAGUUAUCGUGCCACACGUUGCGUACGGCGCUUUUUCAGAAGGCCUUGCAUGCCAUGUUGACCACGAGUGCUGUUAUUCCUUCUGGCCAGUCGGCAGAUUCCUUGUCGCCUGCUGCCUCUGCGUUGGCUCCACAGAAUUUGGCAACCGAAGAGAGGGCACCACUUGGGGGUGUUGAGGCGACGGGCCUGAAGUCUCAUCGUGGAUCAUUCGAUGGCUCCUCAACGGAUGAGGUUUCCCCUGGUAAAGCUCGCAUAUACGUCGAUAAACGAAGGGUUGCGCCCAUGGACUGGGUUCUUCCGUAUCUUAGUGGUCAGGAGGAUGAGAGGUGGUUGUCAGAGAGGGUGCGGGAGAUGGUGGAUAUGACGUUUUUACCGCACAACGAAUACCAAAAGCAACUUGUCUCAAAUGCAGCUUAUGUAUCCGUGCAUGCACAACACCACAAGCGUGGUGCCCAGGUAUUUCUUUUUAUUUUGCGAGAGGUGUUGGAGCGUUGGAACGCCGCAACGGAGACCACUGGAGAGUUUGGUAUAUUUGCUUUUGGUGUCCUGCUGCCCAUUAUUGAUAUUGUCCGCUGUACAAAGUUCAACAACACCGAUAUGGUGACUGUGGGAAAAUUGCUCGAAACGGUGCGAUUCCCAUCCCGUGGGCGUGGUCUCAGUAGUGAGUCUCUUUCCAAGGCCACAUUUGUCACGAGGUAUAAUCUUUCAUUGGGGGAGAGUAUGAUGGAGAAGGAUGUGGACGAGAAUGAGGAUGAGGAACAGGAGGAGGAGGAGGAGACAGGCGGCCGAUCGCCACAGCCGCACACGUCUCUGCCGCCGCUAUUGACAAGGUGGGGAAUGCUCCUGGGCGAUCAAAUGUUACGAGAGCGAACACACAAGGCGGAUUAUGGGCAUAAUGCCAUUGCGUCCACGAUGGUAACCGAUAUGUUUCUAAUGGCUCCAUUGGCCCGAAAAGUGAGCGUAUACGUUCGUCGGGCUUCCUAUUGCGAGGGCGUGCAGCUGGUGUUGCUUCCAAGAGCCUCCAUCGCUGCCCCCUGCGCCACUGGUAGCGCUGCUGCUGGUGAUGGUCCUGCUGGUGCUAUGGAGGAGAGGGAGGCGGAGGUCACUGAAAACGACGAUGUACAGCCCAUAAAACCUGUUUGGUUUGAACCACUUGAUGGCGAAACACACGAACUUAUUGGCGGUUGCGAUGCCAUGCUGCGAUACAAGCGGAGUUCGGAAGGUUCUGCACAUCCUCGUUUACAGGCAGAAGUUCGAGUAGAAACAAGUCUUGAGGUGGAUGGAAGAUGGGUCGUUGAACUGUGGAACGCGUUGAGUGGCACCCAAUUGCUAGUGGCGGAAUCUCUUUUACAGAGGGUGCGAAACGGAUUUACGUCAGGUGACGGUCGCAUGCGGGAGGAGUCCUUGGUACUGUUCCGUAAUGGGCUGCUUUCUCAGCCGCGGACGAACGCAUUACCGACGUUUGUGAUGGAACUUUUGACGCUGGAUGAGGACAUUUUACGAAGGCGUGUAACGUGUCGCCAAAGCGAUGCACGAGGUGUGCGGGCGGCGCUUAGCCUGAUUGGCAUGUUUCUUGCCAACCAUGAAGUCGAUCAAUUGUCCUGGGAGUCACGCAUAUGGCAAGAUGCUGUGAAACGCGUUAGUCUUGCGAGUAGUUCUUUGGGGAGAAAUCCGGGCGCCACUGAACUGGCCACGUUUGUUCUUGAACACGUCGCGCCGUGUCAUUUAUCAAUGCCGCAGAUUGUGGAGGGGACCAUUGCUUUUUUAACAUCUAACAUUUCGGUGGGUGAGGUGCGGACUAUGUUGUCGACCCAACGUGCACGGGCAGAACUUUGUGUUCUUGCGCUCUCCCUCUUACUACGCGCAAAAGAGAAUUUCGUGCCAAAGGGUAUGUUUUAUUUGGUCUCUUUAUUGCAGGAUUUUAUGGUGUGUGAGGGGACUCACUACCUGUCGCACUUUCAGGGCUGCGGGGAAUCCUUGGAAGAGGAAAUUCGUGAGUUGGUGCAUCGAUUACUGACGAGUGUAUUCGGGGCACUUCAUCGUAUCAUGUCGCUGCCGGAGGGGGAACGGGAGAGGCACGGACCGCAUCGUUUUUUAUGGGAUGCGGAUGACUUUGGCCCUUUUGCUCUCGUCACUCUGUCACUACUCGCAUCUCCGCUGGAUGCACGGGAUAUUGACUUUGUUUGGCGUAAAAUUGCCAGUCAGGUGGAGGGACUUCUUCCUAAUUUUACCGACCUUAGCCGGUCUGCUUCGUUUAAAGUGAGCGAGAGGGAGGAGGGCAGCAUGUUGGAGGCACUCCGAGCCCUUGUAAACGACUCCAUUGCAGAUCACAGCAACAGCGGUGCUACUGGCCAUGCGGAUCAGCCGUUUAUUGGGAUGACGAUGACCGGUGCCAGUGAGCGUGGGAUUGGCGUGUGGGUGCCGACUGGACGGGACCGUUUUUGUUCAACCGUCGUCCCGCUUUACACACCCGGGUCACAGGUGUCAACAUCCCACAUAUUUUCUGCGUCAUCAUCGACGUCGGUGCCAUUGGUGAACGGUUCCCCGCUUUCCCCCUCAACUUUUUGCGUGGCAGAGGUGGAGCUAUUGAGUAUGCCAUCACGCGACCUCAUUGUCGCAUUGACGACGAAGCAGCCAAGUGGGCUUACUGCAUACAGUAUGAAGGAUGACCCAAAUGGGUUUUACUUUUUUCCAAACGAAGGGACAUUGCAUCACAACGGCUCCCAAGUUUCAUUGCCGCCAAUUUUUCAAGGUGAUGCACUUGCCUUUUCUUUUUCCUUCAAGCCGAAGACAUCUACACGGGUGUUGAGGAUACUUUUAAAUGGCAUUCGAAUAUUGGAAUUUCCGGCACCAAGACAUCAACUUUUUCUUGUUGCAGGCGUGACGGAUGUCUCAACUCUGCGCAGUUCCAGUUUUCGUGUCUGCUUCCGACCCUACAAGGGGAUGUCUCUUGGGGCCUCGACGGUGGUUUGCGGCAACAAUGAUGCGGUUGUUAAUGCGUUGCCGACACGUCACAGCAUUUCAGUGUUUGCGACAAAUGUUUUCUUUUAUCUCAUAUCAUUUUGCGCAAGACGUGUGACGCAAUUCCGUCGUCAGGGCGGUGCUGCGAGCGCUUCGUUGCAGGCGGCUUGUCCGGCCAAUUCAGGUGCUCGAACAUUUGUCCCACACACGGAGGAAGUCUGGCGAGGAUUUGUGGAUGAUUGCUGUAACCCAUUGAGGCAGAAUGUGGAAAGCCUGAUCGAAUCCAUCAAGCGCCUCCCGCCCUUGUCGCAGAUCAAUGAUGCCACGGAACGUGUUAAGCGGAAUGCCGCGUCGUUCGUCUAUCACCGUUUCCUAAUGGAUUAUAUUACAAUGAUACGCACCGCCAUUCGGUGCUCAUCGUCCCCUGUAGAAAUGUUGUCAACGCUGUCAAGGGUGGUUUGCUGCGAAGAUGUUGGCGAACGGGAGAGGUGUGCGGCACUGACGAUUGCCUGCUCGAUAUUAUGUGAUCCGCAUCGUGGGAUUGGCCUUGGCACCUACAACCCGCUUCAGUUGUGGGAUUGCUGCCGAUCCCUUUCACGACACGUGACAGAGUUGGCAUACAAUCCGGUCUUUACUGUGAAGAGUGCCGCGGCGGAACUCACCGUGUUUUCUGGUGGCCGACGCCUUAAGUCCGUGUCGGCAUCCCACAGCACCUCGCGUGCGAUGCGGAAUACGACUUCUUUUGCCUCGCAGGGCAUUCCAUUGGACGGUUCGUUGGGUGAGGUGGUGACUUUUUCCGUUCGUCUUCAACGGGGUUUUGCCUGUGACACACUGGGUCGAUUCUACUACGUUGGCCUGGCGUGUCCAUAUCCGAUGUCUUCGGUGACGACCCUGUCAAGUUAUCCUGGUGACUGGCAGAGCAUCGUAUACACGUAUGCCAUUACGGAUUACUUUACCGACGUUUCAUCUCCCUCGGCGCGGUCGGAGUUACCACGUCAUGCGAAAAAUUGGAUGUCUAAUGAGGAAAACAUUAUCUUUGGAUCUGGCGAUGUUAUCACGGUGAUUGUGCAUACAAAAUUGCGUUGCAUUUCGUUUGAACGCAAUGGAUUGUCACUUGGGACUCUUUACACGAAUAUCCCGUCCAUGGUGAAAGUUCUUUUUCCAUUUGUCGAACUCUUUAAUAAGGACGCGUCGGCCCUUUUUUUAUAUACUCCCCGAGAAAUUGGCAUUCGUGCCCGUUUUGCGAUGCGUGCCAUGUUAUAUCAUUGGGGAACGGAGCUUAUACCGCGACUGAACGAGAUGCUGAAGGCAAAUGAUGUUGUGGCACUGCAAGUUCUUGGCGCGGAUGGAGAUGAGAUGUGUUUUUGGUACCGAAAUCCUCCACGCGGUGAGUUAAAGGGGUCUCGUGUGGUACGGCUUGUACGGCAGCUAGGAUCCAACGCAGAGGUGGUUGUGGAGGGAACCACGAAGAGUAUGAUGGUGCUGGCAGCGGCGUUGGAGCCCAAUUAUAAUGUGGUCAUUAGUAAUGACUUGCCCGCCACAAUGGUUUUGGAUGAACUUAUGCGUAUUGUUUCUACCUCCAUUAGUUUUACUACGAAUUCGGAAGGAUGCGACGGUGUACACAUUCGACCAACCAAGAUGUUUCUUUGCGCUCUUCGACUGCUGUCGGAGAUGGAGUUGAUGCCUUUGUUUUCAUACGAUGUGGAGGCGCUUCGGGCUUUGUUGAUUCAGCUUAUACGUGUUUUGGGGGUACCGGAUGCCAUUUCUUCUGAGGGGCAGUAUAUUUUAUUGGAGGCUUGGAAUGAGUUGAUGUUACUCCCUGACGAUGAUGAGCUUUGGAUUUCUAUUCCCCACGACGCGGAAACCAACGACGUUGCGAUGGAACGAGACCACGACAUGGAUAAUAAUGAGACCGAAGGAGGGAUAUAUGAUAUAUGUUUGCGUUGCCCCACCUGCGACAAGGAGUGGGGCAACUGCACAUCGGAAACACAUGUCACCCCAUACAGUCCUUGUUUUACCCUGCAUUGCGUGUUGCAGCGCUUGGGUGUGCCAUCGCCAUUUACGGGUUUUAUAUGUGAGUGGUAUCUUCCCAAAAUGCAUUUUUGCGUGACAAUUCGCAUGGGUCCUCAUGGAGAAAUAGAGGGUGAGGGUGAGGAGCCGCGUGGUAUUUUUACGUUCUCCGCAAAAUAUGUUUCCAAUCAAAUUAUACGAGGAAGUUGUGCGUACAAGUGCGCCGAAAACUUCACCACCCGUUCUCAGAUGGAUGAGGAGUGGGCGUGUGAAUUAUGUACAUUCAUCAAUUUGGCUGAUUCCACUCGGUGUGCCAUGUGUACAACCGCUCGUCCUGGCGCGACGUGGACAUGCCUCCUGUGCGGCUACGCUUUUAAUUCGAAAAACAAUAACAUUUGCACAACCUGUGGACAUCAACGCAUGGGCGCCACAGAGACGGACUCCAGAGUUGAGAAGAAACUGGCGUAUUGUGAGGGCUGCGGUGAGCAUCGGGAAUACACCACAUUUGAUGAUUUUGUUUGCCACUUUUACUGUGAGCAUUGCCAACGCGCCUCCCGGUGGCUGCCGGAGGAGAAAUACACCGGUCUCAUUGAGGCAACACUUGUAGGUGCCGGCGACACGAUGGAUUGGGUGAUUAUUUUAGGUGACAACAUCACUGUGUACUCAAGUUUGAAAAACGAUACUUAUUCACUGGAAGCGAUGAAACAGGCUGCGGAGUUGGCGUCGCCAGGUGCAAGUGAUCUUUCGCGGUACGUCCCGCCGCUUGUGCAGGUCCGUACGACUGGAACGGACGCAUCAAACUCCUCAUCGGCCUUGCAGCAGCAGCAGCAGCAGCAGCAGGAACAAGAACACGCACAAGAACAAGAACAAGAACAAGAACAAGGACGCGAACAUUCCCGUGGAGUGGUUUCUGCUGUCCUUUUCUUUUGCAGUUGCAUUGUUUGCCGUUGGGGGCCAGAUCUUGCCCCGGAGCAACUUGCAAACAUGGAUUUGUUGCGACGGCUUCGUGUUUUGGAUGACAGUUGGUUGACUGGACUUGAGAAGAUCCCGAGUGAGGCUGCACGUGGAAUUUUUUCUUUUUCCCUGCGUGUUUUGCUUGCGGGCACGAGCAGUGAGCAGGUGAUCCGAUCCCUUUCUUCUAUUUCUCGUGUUCUGAUGAACAGCCACCCCACUCUACAAACGCAGCGACAUUACUUGCUUUAUGCUCUUUGCGUGAAUGCUAUGAGAGGUAGCGGCGAUCGUGCUGUGCGGGAGGCUUGCUACGCCGCGCUCAAUGCGUUAAUAGAGGAGUCAUCUGGACAGCGACUGAAUGCAAAUUCUCUCCGCGAUGUGGUAGCGAUCACCCCUGUUGUGGCGGAGCAGCAACGACUUAUGGUGCACGCAUCGCUUCGGGGUGUGGAUGUGUCUAGCGGGACAAAUGUGAUUUCUACCAGUUGGUUGAUUGAGGCUGUGGAACGGAUGGAACGACGGGAGAGACUUCCCGCCAUUUUUGAUGAACCAUCGCCGGAUAUCUUUCCCUAUCUUGUAGAGCUGCCAGACACACGGAUGGGGGAAGGCGGUGAGCUCAUUGUGGGACAGGUGCGUGGUAGUGUUGGGGUCUUUGCAAGCAAAGGCGGUCGGUACUACUAUGAGUUGGUGAUCCCAGCCAACUUUAGUAAUGAUCGAAGCAAGACGAUUAUAAUGGGGUGGGGUACGAUGCAGCAUGAGGUACUUAGUAGUGGACAACAUGUUGGAAGUGAUAUUCAUUCAUGGGGGUUUAACUGCCAAGAUCGACUGCGGGUACUUACGGGUGAGCAGGCGAUUUCUACUCCACGCCCAAUUGUUGGCAGUGAUGUCAUUGGAGCGCUGCUGGAUCUUGAUGCGAUGAUGAUGUGCUGGAGUGUGAAUGGUGAGCAACUUAUGUGGGUUGCCGUCUCGACGCAGGGAAAGGGGGAAGCGAUAUAUCCAUUUGUCAGCGCCUCUGUUGAGCCACUUGGAGUUGUGGUGCGACUUGGCCAUACACAAUUUAAACCCGAUGGGUAUGAAGACUUCAGUCCCUUUUCUCAUGAAAUGGCACGACGGGAAAGUCACGUCAAGCCGCAGUCGUAUGAGUUCUACGCGCAACUAUGUAGUCUCGGCAAUGACAUUGUCAAUUGCGGCUUCACAUUGGAUUCUUUACUGGAUACAAGCGCAUGGUUUGAUCGUGCCCAGGAAGUGAUCACGCAGUACCCGCUUCUCUGUGAGGAGAUGGCGGAAGACACGCUGGAGGGGCUGCGGCCUUACUUUCAACACCUGCGCUCCAUCAACUCUUUGGCUAUCAGUGUGGCAAAGAGCCAUGACAUUCUGCGGAACUCCCCUUAUUUAAUGCGACGAUAUCAAAAGACACGCCAAUUGUUGUUUUUUAGUGCACGUUGGGCAAUUGUAGAGCGACAAAUUGAGCGCCGACUAAUUCGCAGCAAAUUGAGGCACCAUCGCGAGGUUUUGAUUGAUCUCAACCGCGCCAAGGCGAUGGCGCAGAGCAGUGAAAGUCUGGAUUUUAUGACACGAUUUGAAGGUUCCAUAACCGGGCAGCUUUUUCGUCAGACAAGGGAUGCUGACAUCUAUCUAGAUGCCGUUAUGUUUGUUAUUAGUCUGGCGGGGGAGGUGGCAGACGAUGCGGGGGGCGUGACACGCUCUGUGGUGACAAUGAUGUGCGAUGAGUUAAAUUACCGUGAAGAGGACGACGGCCGUCGUGUGGAUCCGCUGCUGCCCUUUUUUCGACUGACAGGCCACACGACAAUGGCGGGGGUGGUGCCAAACAUGGACUUUUACCGAGAGAACCCUGAGCAUCGUCUCCUGUUUGUAGAAGUCUUUACAUGGCUCGGAAAGUUAAUUGGCAAUGCGACGAUGAGUGGGUACUUAAUGUUCUCCUUCACGUUCCCGCGUCUGUUGUGGAAGUUUCUCACCUUCGACAAUCUCACCAUUGAGGAUUAUCAUGCGGAUAUUGAUGACACCGUACGUGGGGCUUUGAAUGAUGAUGAAUUUAUUCUUAACGACGAAUUUUUCUACUCGAUCCCUGGAAUUGAGUGGAGCGGCGAAAGUGUGACUGACACCAUGGGGAUGGUGCGCUCCACCCGCGGGUAUCCUGUCGUGACACCCACGCGUAGCACCGCGGAUAUGGCCAGUAUUUUUCCCACCGAUGGGCAUGAGGAGAGCGUUACUGUGGCGCAACGUCGAAAGGAGGCGGAGCGGGCGCUGCUUCAUCAGUACGAUGAAUUGCUUCUCGCUAUGCUUUCUGGCAUCACGUUUGUUUUGCCAGCCUCUUCACUGCAGCUCAUCCGCUGGGACGAUUUGCAACAACGCGUGUGUGGAAACUCCUGCGCCACGGCGGAGGAUGUCAUCUCCUCCCUGGACCUUUCCCUUCUGUCAGAGGAGCUCUGCCAUAUGCUGAAGGAGGUUGUGCAUGCCUGGCCACAACAGAGGCGUUCGCAGUUUUUGCUCUUUUGUAGCGGGCAGCGGCGUAUUCCAUUACCAGAAAAGGUGCAGGUUGCAUGUGGCGAUGACCCCAUUGCGAUUCCAACGGCCCACACCUGCUCACCCAUCUCGUUGCUGCUACACCCGUACCCUUCCGUCGCCGUUUUGCGCGAGAAGUUGGAGGUUUGUUUGCGGCAUGUUUAUGAAUUUGGAUUUGCAUGA